ACAGAAAUCUAUAAAUUACAGAUAAUUGCUUAACACUCUCUCUUUCGCCCUAAACAUACAGAGCCGUCUCUCUUUCUCUGAAGAUGAUAAUGUCGGCGCGGAGGAUUUUCACAACUACUGAGAGGUUCUUCCGCUUUCAACUGCAAACGGAAAUGGGUAUCAUUCAAUCUCCAUCCUUAUUAUUUACCAAUUACUUCCAUUCUUCUGCUUCCACGCAUAAUCCUAAAGAUGCAAAAUCUCAACGUUUCUUGAGAUCUAAGUUCAAUUCUUCUUCUUUUAGGGACGUUGAUGAUGCCUUAGCUUUCUUUAAUCAUAUCAUUCUUUUGCGUCCUCUGCCUUCUAUUGUUCAAUUUUGUCGAUUUUUAUCUGCUCUUGUGGGAAUGAAACAAUAUCACACGGUUAUUUCUUUGUCCAGAACAAUUGAGUCUCUAGGAAUCUCACACGAUAUUUACUCUCUUUCUAUAUUGAUUAACUGUUUCUGCCGCUUACACCUUGUGAAUUUUGGCUUCUCAAUUCUGGGGAAAAUUAUCAAAUUUGGAUUGGAGCCCAAUACUGUGACAUUUACUACCUUAAUUAAAGGGCUCUGUAUAGAUGGUAAAAUCAAUGGAGCAGUAGAUUUUUUCAAUGAUAUGGUUGCUGGAGGUUAUCAACCUGAUGUUCAUACCUACAAUGUGAUAGUAAAUGCUCUUUGUAAAUGUGGGAAAACAAAUGUGGCUAUUGAGUUGCUAAAGGGAAUGGUUGAGAGAGGUUGUGAGCCAGAUGUUGUGACAUACAAUGCAAUUGUGGACGCUCUUUGCAAGGAUAAGCUAGUUAUUGAGGCUUUAGACCUCUUCUCUCAAAUGAGGAAUAAAUGUAUUUCACCUAAUGUUGUCACUUACACCUGCUUAAUUCAAGGUCUUUGCAAUUUAGGCAAAUGGAAUCAAGCUUUGGCCUUGUUGAAAGAAAUGGCGGGGCAAAACAUAUCACCAAACAUUAUUACCUUCAGUAUAUUGAUUGACAAUCUUUGCAAGGAAGGACUGGUUUCAAAAGCUCAAGAAAUAAUGAAAAUAAUGAUCCAACAAGGGGUGAAGCCUGAUGUUGUCACUUACAAUUCUUUGAUGGACGGAUUUUGUCUGUGUAACCAAAUGGAUGAAGCUACAAAAUUAUUUGAUCAUAUGGUAAGCAGUGGCAUAGCUGAUGUCUUUAGCUACAACAUCUUGAUUAAUGGAUACUGCAAGAGCAAAAGGAUAGAUGAAGCAACAAAACUUUUUGAUGAAAUGAUUAAAACUAGUUUAGUUCCCAACUUUGUUACUUAUACUACUCUUAUUAAGGGAUUGUGGGAAGCAGGGCGACCUGGAAUUGCACUAGAAGUUUUCAAGAACAUGUGUUCUCAUGGUCAGCAGCCAGAUAAAGUGACUUUUUCAAUCAUUCUUGAUGGCUUGUGCAAACAAGGGUAUCUUGAUGAGGCACUCACACUAUUUAAAGCGAUGGAAAAAAGUCGGUUGAAGGUUAAUUGUGUGAGCUAUAGCAUUUUGAUUAAUGGUAUGUGUAGAGCUGGGAGGCUUACUGAUGCCAAGGAAUUGUUUUCUAGGCAUUUUGAAAAAGGCUUACAGCCUAAUGUUUAUACAUAUAGUACAAUAAUAAAAGGCCUUUGCAAAGAAGGAUUAUUAGAUGAAGCAUACAAAGUUUUUAGAGGAAUGGAAAAGAGCGGAUGUUUACCGAAUGGUUGCUGUUAUAAUGUGAUUAUUCAAGGGUUUCUCAGGCAUAAAGAUGUAGCAAAGGCAACACUACUUAUUGAUGAAAUGGUUGAUAAAGGAUUCUCUGCAGAUGCCACCACCUUCGAAUUGGUAAUACAUUUGUCGCGCAAUGACGAUCUCAUUCUGAGAAAACUACGAAAUCGUUCCAAAUGUUCUAAAGAUGCAAAUUUUAAGUGAUAUUUUAACAAUCAAGACUUGCACAACAGAUGGACGAGGUUUUUCACCCUUUUUCCAUACAGGAAAUCAGUGCAUGUUGUGGUUUUUAUCUUGCAAGCAUUUUGUGAUUCCAUAAUCACAAUUAAUAAUGUGCCUAUUCCCUAAUUUGCAACUUUCUGCAUUAUUUUCUGCUUGAUGAUGCAACUGCAAAAAGUAGAAAGUGGAUUGACGGAAAAAAGAAGAAGAAGAAGAAGAAGAAGAUAGUUAUGGGUCCAUGGCUAGGUUUAAAGGAUGGAAAAACAAAAAAAAAAAAAGAAGGGAAGAGAGGGGAGGGGGGGUGGGCGUGUGUAAGCUGUAGACAGCUAGACAGUUGAAGUAGAAACAUAAAAAUUGCCAUAUUGGAGUUAAAAGAAAGUGAAUCUUCCAAAAAAUGUUGGAAUGUAUUAUACAUAGAAUUUGGGUAGUAGAUACUUACAUUAUAGGUGUUAGUGAUUUAUGUUCAAAUGGUUGCUAAUAAUGGAAUGAUAUUUUUUGAUAUAA